AUGCGCUUUUUCGCCGCGUUUUCGCUGGCCGUUGGGCUUGUGGCUGCUAGCCCUUGCAAGCCACCGUCUUCCACUGUUGUGUCGGAGGUCAUUUCGUCAUCUAUUACGACCGACAUCUCGAGGACGGUCAUCGGGUCUGCUUCUUCCACGGUAGAUCCCAGCACGAGUACCACCGAGACCGAAGUAGUUGGAACCUCGACCUCAGUCGAAUCCUCUGUAGCCGAGACUUCGACUACAGUUGACUCGACGAGUACCGACUACACCCAAGUCAGCGCCUCAACAACCUUGGCCGAGCCAACUUCUACGGCUACAACAUCCGAAGCCGCUGCCUCAAUUGAUACAACAACAGCUCUGACAACAGAAGCCUCAUCAGUUGAAACAUCUACAGCUGUCGCGACCACCACUACUUCCGAAGAGGCAGUCCCAACGGGUUACUUCCUCGUUGCCGGUGAAGGUCCAGCUCUCGGAGGCAAAGUCAAGUCCAACGGCGACAGUUUCACUCCCAUGGUAUUCGGCGACCGCGGAUCGACUUUCAACCCCGUCCGCUUCCUAGUUGACGAGACCACCGGCGAGCUCCAGCAAGAUGGCGUGACGGUCUGCGCAUACCAGCAGGUCGGGUUACCUUACGCCCUGAUCACGCGGUGCGAAACCAAGAGUCUCUACUACGGAAGUGUUCCCCUCAACUGUGCACAGUUCGAGGGACCUGGAACCUCUAUUAGUUGCAGUGCUGUGAAACUGGACUGUUGGCAAACUGGACCCGGUUCUUCUCAAGCGUGUACGAGAUCACCGGACCCCGAUUGGGAUACGUUCUUUAUCACUAAUAGUGGUGAUAAUGUCUGGUAUCUUAGUUCGGGGGCGUUGCAGAAUGAAUUCAUGACCAAGGUUGACGUGUUUGUUGAUCAUGUGGAGGUCAGCGCUCCGGUACAAACAUAA